AUGUCGACAUGCCCCUCCGAUAUGCGUCUGGCGGUUGAAGAGGCAAGCCACAGGCGUGGGGGGAUCGUGAGGCUUGUCAGGCGCUUAAGCUUAUCGGGCUAUCGGCACGUGACCUUCGAGUUGCAAAACUUUUUUGUUGAGCGCAAAACUCCUAGCAAAAGCGAGGCCGAAAGACAACGAAGCACUCCUUUGGAUGCCACAAAGAUGCCCGUUACAAUGGAGACAUCCAAAGAACAUUCCAAAAAGAGAAAGAGAAAGCACGGGGGCAGCGGAAACGCCGCCCUGACAAGUGCCAAUGCCGCAAAAUCGCUCGUGAAAACCACACUAUCCUCGAAGGGAGAAGCUUCCGCCGAAAAACAGGAGAUGAAAAAGCGCAAGACGGAGCAUCCAUCUCUCAUGGAGGACAGAGUAUCAGAGAAUGUUGUCGAUGAACCUGAAGAAGUCGUCGAGGAGGACAGCGAGGCGUCCCAACCUCCUGUCGAACAAGAUGAUGAGCAAAAAUCGGAAUCUGAACAACAACCGGAAUUACCAUCUUUGAAUGCUCUUUCUUUGCCUCAGACCGAAAAUGAACCUCAGAAAUUUACCGAGCUUAACCUUUCGGAGAAAACGCUGAAAGCGAUACAGGAAAUGGGUUUCGAGACAAUGACCGAAAUUCAGCGGAGGGGAAUACCGCCUUUGAUGGCCGGCAGGGACGUUUUAGGAGCAGCAAAGACAGGCUCGGGGAAGACACUGUCAUUUUUGAUUCCCGCUGUGGAAAUGCUGAGUGCUUUGCGCUUUAAACCGAGGAAUGGAACUGGCGUUAUUGUGGUGUCCCCAACCCGUGAACUAGCACUACAAAUUUUUGGUGUUGCACGGGAACUCAUGGCACACCAUUCGCAAACAUAUGGCAUUGUUAUCGGUGGUGCUAAUCGAAGAGCAGAAGCAGAAAAGCUAACAAAGGGAGUAAAUCUGCUCAUUGCCACACCCGGACGCCUGCUCGAUCACUUGCAGAACACCGACGGAUUUGUGUUCAAAAAUCUAAAGGCCCUAGUCAUCGACGAGGCAGAUCGGAUCCUGGAGGUCGGGUUCGAGGAUGAAAUGAGACAAAUUGUAAAGAUCCUUCCUUCUGAGGACAGACAGACGAUGCUCUUCUCCGCGACCCAAACGACAAAGGUUGAGGAUCUUGCGCGUAUUUCCUUGCGACCUGGUCCGCUAUACAUCAACGUCGAUCACCGCAAAGAGCACAGCACUGUUGAGGGCCUAGAGCAGGGUUAUGUCAUCUGCGAUUCUGAUAAACGCUUCCUCCUCCUUUUCUCCUUCCUCAAAAGAAACCUCAAGAAGAAGAUCAUUGUCUUCUUCUCCAGUUGCAACUGCGUCAAAUACCACGCUGAACUCCUAAAUUACAUCGACCUCCCUGUUCUUGAUCUUCAUGGAAAGCAAAAACAGCAGAAGCGAACAAACACAUUUUUCGAGUUCUGUAACGCGAAGCAAGGAACUUUGAUUUGUACUGAUGUUGCCGCCAGAGGCUUAGAUAUUCCGGCCGUUGAUUGGAUCAUCCAGUUCGAUCCGCCGGAUGAUCCCAGAGACUACAUCCACCGUGUGGGCCGCACAGCGCGUGGCGCUAAUGGGAAGGGACGCAGCUUGAUGUUCUUACAGCCUUCGGAGGUCGGCUUCCUCAAGCACCUCAAAGACGCCCGUGUUCCAGUUGUGGAGUUCGAAUUCCCAGCCAAAAAGAUUGUCAACGUACAAUCUCAACUUGAGAAGCUGAUCGGACAGAAUUACUACCUAAACAAGUCCGCUAAAGACGGCUACAGAUCCUACCUUCAAGCUUACGCAUCACACUCACUGCGUUCCGUCUUCGAUGUGAACAAACUCGAUCUCGUCAAAGUCGCUAAGGGCUUUGGGUUUCCUACGCCACCAAGAGUAGAUAUUUCUCUCGGUGCAAGUAUGAGUCGUGAUAAGAAACAGACCAGUCGCCGGAAUUAUGGAAGUCAGCCAAGGCAUGCACCAAAGUUCAAGAGAAAGACCAGUGAUGAUUAGACAUAGCUAUAAUGUACACUAUAGUUGAUACCCAAUUACUGCGAACAUUAUCACGUCUUAAGAAUAACAUUCAAUCCAGAAAACAAGAUGGGAUAGCAAA